UGAGGUGCAGAGCUGGGUGCUGGGGUGCAGAGGUGAGUGCUGGGGUGCAGAGGUGAGUGCUGGGGUGCAGAGCUGGGUGCUGAGGUGCAGAGCUGGGUGCUGGGGUGCAGAGGUGAGUGCUGGGGUGCAGAGGUGGAUGCUGCUGUGCAGAGGAGGAUGCUGCUGUGCAGUGAUGUGAUAAGACGGAAGCGGUGUCCCCAGGGCUUAGUGUUUGGGCCAGCUCUCUAUGAUGUCUCCAUCACCAUGUGGGUGAGGGGACCAAGGCACCCUCAGUGUCUGCAGAUGACUGUGCAGCGGUGUCUGGCCAGGCUGGCUCCAUAGGUGAGGCCAAUGGGAUGAGGUUCAAGAAGCCAAGGGCUGGGUCCUGCACUGGGAUCAUAACAGCCCUAUGGAGACUUAAGGGGCAGAGUGGCUGAAAACUGCCUGGUGGAAAAGGACAGCUGCUGAGGAUGAGCCAGAGCGUGCCCAGGUAGCCAACAGGGGCACCAGCAUCCUGGCAAGAGUGUGGCCAGCAGGAUCCGGGCAGGGAUUGUCCCUCUGGACAGGGCACUAUGAGGCCACACCUGGAAUCCUGGGGUCAGUUUUGGACCUCUCACUCCACAAAGGACGUUGAAGGGCAAUGAAGCUGAGGAAAGACCCAGAGAGCAGGAGUGAAAUCCAUUCGCUGCUUCGAUGACGUCACGCACAGCUGCGAUGACGUAAUCGGCCACGCCGCAGCCGGGUAGGCGCCGCCGUGACGUCAGAGCGCGGUGACGCAACGACGCAGCUCGUUCCCGCCCUCUAGGCCCGCACAGGGCGGGGCAGGGCGGAGGGGCGUGGUCUGCGCGGAAGGAGGCGUGGCUUGGCGGAGCACGGGGCGUGGCUGCGUGUCCCCGCCCGGCCACCGUCGCCCCGCUGCCCCCCCGGCGUGAGCCGCCCCGCAGCAUGGCGGGAGCCGCUGUCCCCCCCGCCCCCGCGGCCCCGCAGCCCCGGCAAGGCCCCGGAGGGCGGCGGCGGCUGCGGGAUGAUGGCGUGAGGAGCGCCACCUCCGUUGAGCAGAGCAAGGUGGAGGACAUUGUGCAGGAGGUGUUUGAUGCCUUCAAGAACAACCACCACGACGUGCAAUUCAUCCUGCACCGAGAGAAGCACUUCCAUUACCUGAAGAGAGGCCUCCGGCAGCUCACCGAAGCCUAUGAGUGUCUGGAUGCCAGCCGUCCCUGGCUCUGCUACUGGAUCCUGCACAGCUUGGAGCUGCUGGAUGAGCCAAUUCCCCAGGCGGUUGCCUCGGAUGUCUGUGAGUUCCUGAGCCGUUGCCAAAGCCCCCAAGGUGGUUUUGGGGGGGGUCCUGGCCAGCACCCCCACCUUGCCCCCACCUAUGCUGCGGUCAAUGCGCUCUGCAUCAUCGGCACGGAGCAGGCCUUUGAGAUCAUAGACAGGAAGAAGCUGCUGGAGUAUCUGCAGUCACUGAAGCAGCCUGAUGGCUCCUUCAUCAUGCACAUUGGCGGUGAGGUGGACGUCAGGAGUGCCUACUGUGCUGCCUCGGUGGCCUCGCUGACCAACAUCCUCACGCCCAUGCUCUUCGCCGGGACGGCCGAGUGGAUUGUGAGGUGCCAAAACUGGGAAGGUGGCAUUGGUGGGGUGCCAGGCAUGGAGGCCCAUGGUGGUUACACCUUCUGUGGCAUGGCAGCCUUGGUCAUCCUCAAGAAGGAACAUCUGCUGAACCUCCAGAGCUUGUUGCGCUGGGUAACCAGCCGGCAGAUGCGCUUUGAAGGUGGCUUCCAGGGUCGCUGCAACAAGCUGGUGGAUGGGUGCUACUCCUUCUGGCAAGCUGGGCUCCUGCCUCUCAUCCACCGUGCCCUCCACGCCCAGGGUGACACAGCACUCAGCAUGUCCAGCUGGAUGUUUGACCGCUCCGCGCUGCAGGAGUACAUCCUCCUGUGCUGCCAGUGCCCGGCUGGGGGGCUGCUGGACAAACCGGGCAAGUCCCGGGAUUUCUACCACACCUGCUACUGCCUGAGUGGGUUGUCCAUCGCCCAGCACUUCGGCAGCGGCGAUCUGCACCACGAGCUGGUCCUGGGCGGCUCUGACAACCGCCUGCCCACGCACCCUGUGUACAACAUCUCCCCGCAGAAGGUGAUUCGAGCUGUGCUGCACUUCCUGCAGCAGCCUCUGCCCGGCCAGGAGCCCUCGGACGCUGCUGAAUAGAGGGGAUGGGGGAGGUCCUGCUGCUGCCCACCCCUCCCCCCACCUCAAGACCCUGGACUGUGCUGAGCUGAGUGGGGGGUAUCGGUGAGAAGCUGCCACUGUGGCCACGUUUUGGGUGCAGCGAGGUCCUCAGGGUGCUAGCAAUACCAAAAACCGGCUUGUCCCCGUGGCUACCGGCUCCUGGUGCCGCCACCGGGGGUGCCCCCACCACGCUGGGCAUCCCUGUUGUGCCCAGGCUGUGUCCCUGACGAGGAGCCGAGUGGGACGUGGCAUCAAUAAAACAAACCUGAGAGCUGC